UGUCUAUACUUUGUUUCGAGGCUCCGAACGUGGCUACCGACCGACUUCCUGCCAGACUGUUCAGGAAUCUAUUACUCAUUCAUAAUAUAAAUAUAUUCAUAAAUAAAUAUUCGCAUUCUACUAAGUUCUGGCAGCAGAGGAAAACGUAGACUUUUUCAAGAUGAGCUCACCAGGAGAAUUCGGCAACCCCCUGAGAAAGUUUAAGCUUGUUUUUCUAGGAGAGCAAAGUGUUGGAAAGACAUCACUGAUCACAAGGUUUAUGUAUGACAGUUUUGACAACACUUACCAGGCAACCAUUGGUAUAGAUUUUCUUUCAAAGACAAUGUAUUUAGAAGACAGAACAAUCAGGUUGCAGCUGUGGGACACUGCAGGGCAGGAAAGGUUCCGGAGCUUGAUACCCAGUUAUAUUCGUGAUUCAUCUGUAGCAGUUGUUGUGUAUGAUAUUACAAAUGCCAAUUCUUUCCAUCAAACCUCCAAAUGGAUUGAUGAUGUCAGAACAGAGCGAGGCAGUGAUGUUAUUAUCAUGUUGGUAGGAAAUAAAACAGAUCUUUCAGACAAAAGGCAAGUUUCCACAGAGGAAGGGGAGAGAAAAGCCAAGGAAUUAAAUGUUAUGUUUAUUGAAACAAGUGCAAAGGCUGGUUACAAUGUUAAGCAGCUCUUUAGACGAGUGGCCGCAGCUUUACCUGGCAUGGAACCAAAAGAUGACAAGAAUACAAAUAUUGAACUGAAACCCAAAGAACCAAUGAUGGAAGUGACGGACCAAGAAGGACAGUGCUCCUGUCUAUUAUAAAAGCUCAAUGUCCAGUGUACAAUUGUUUAUAGAAUCUACUCAUAAUUAAAAUAGUUUAAUUAUUUAUUAUUUUGGCAAAAAAAAAUAUGUUGAUUAUUUGAAGUACAUUUAAGUUUGUGUAUUGAAAAAAAAUUAUGUAUUAGCUUCAAAUCAGUGGCGUAGCUAGGAAUUUGAAUUCAAUUUGGGGGCCCGGGGGGCUUGACCACUUUAGGGGCCUAUGCAUUUUGACAUUAUGACACGAGAUAAUGGCGUAAUAUUUAAUGUAAACAAAAAUUUCGCUUUGCCCCCCCCCCCCCCCACCUUCCCUUAAGUGGGAGCCCGGGGGAAUUUUCAUAUUCUACCCCCCCCCCAUACCCCACCAUAGCUACGCCACUGCUUCAAGUGUCAAAUUUGAUUAUUGUUCAACUCACUGGUCGAACCAAAUAAUGCAUUUCUUGUUCGUGGAUUUUUAAAUUUUUUUUUUGUCAACCAAAAUGAUACAGAAUGCAUUGGUGCUCAGAUGUUAGAAGUUUGAAUAUCCUGUGCGGUAAGAACACUGCAUGGCUGCUGUGGUUAGCGGUUCGCGUUGGUAUCGUGAGCCCGAAAUCAGCUCGCUGACAUCUCCUGACGACCGUUUGAUUUUCAAAAGAGCUGAGCCGAGGCUCUUCGAGCUCUAGGCUUGUAAGCUUGAUUGAACAACCGUUCUGUCUGGAAGAGAUCCAAGUCAAUGCCUAUGUAAAGCAUUGCUAUUUCCGAUGUAUCUGGCGCUCCGGGCGCAUGGACUAGAAUGCAUGGCCGAAGGCCGAGUACACCGGGAACCUCCGCCAUUUUCCUAUGUUGUACCAAUCUACCGUGCAGGACUCGCCAUUAGUAUAACGGUCCCUUGAGGAAUGGCGCAUGGAUUAUCGACAGGGAAGUGGAAGCUCUCUUUCAACUCCGCACCGUGCAAUGGGAAAGCUCUCGCCUUCCCUUGGACACUCCCACAGGAGUUUUGUUUUGCUAUUCAUUUAGCCUAAUCACUUCCUCUAGCGAUCGUUUCCACCCGAGUGCCACGUUGAGGCAGAUUAGCGUACCCGGGUCUCCUGACGAUAUGAAUAUAUCUGGGAUAGGACGUAAUAAUCUUCAUUAAAGUCACGUCCGGAAGUUAUAAUAUCAUGGUGGCUGCCGUGUUUGGCGACUUCAAUACAGGAGAGUAUGUGAUUCGUGAGCUGGACUUGCAGUCAUCUUGCUAAAUCCCAUUUUGACAAAGAGAGACAAUUUAGUCUUGGCAUUAUUAACUUUAACGUUUUGAUAGCGCAAUGGAUGUGCCGAAGCUCACUGUAAUAUAAAACAGCAAUUAAAUAUCUACUUUCAUUGUCAGUUUUUUCUUUAGAGACUUUAUUUUGAAUUGUAAAAAAAAGAAAUAAAAUAUCACGCCCAUGCUAAGAUUAAAGGGAGACAAUUUAGGCACAUCUAAUUGCUCUUGGCGUAAUUAAAAUUUAGCGUUUUGAUAGCACAUUGGGUGUGCCUACAUCAGUGUUUCCCAAACUUUGUCCACUGGAAUACAUCGCAAAUUCGGAGUAUUUAGCGGGACACUGGUUAUUUUUUUUUUUUCGAUUGAAUUUUUUUUUCCAGUUUUUUUAAAUAAAAAUAAUUAAACCAUAUUCUAAAUUUGGCAUCUUUUUUGAAGUCUAAACUUGUAAAAAGUAUAUAGAUAUUACACGCAUAUGGCUAUAUGCAUUUACAGAGGCACAGAGACAAUGGUGCUUUGUACUGGCAAAGUUUAACUUUUUGCUAUCAGGAAGAAUAUCCGUAGUUCAACAUCCGAUGAGGCGUCCAGCCUUUUUCUAAACAUUGACUUUAUUGCAUCAUGAAAAGAAAAGCCUGCUUCCCACAAAUAGCCUUGAACUGUAGAAACGGAAGUAAAAUAUUGAGCGGCUUGUUUUCAAAGAGUGUGGAACUCUUCAGACAAACUCGACCAGAAAGCAUUUAAAGGUUGACCCUUGUAUCGUUCGUUCAGAUUCUAGAUCAAAGUUCAUGUGAUGUCAUACAAUUUAUUUUGUUCUCAAGAAGCAUUUUCUUAGAGAUUAAUUCUCGCGUGGGCCUAGUGCUUAAUUAUUUCAAUAGUUCGCGGAACACCUAUUCAGGCUUUGAAGAAACACCAGGGUCUCUGCGGAACGCAGUUUGGGAAACACUGAACUAGAUUAUUUUUUAAAAUUCAAUAUCUACGUUUACCAGUCUUUAGGGACUUUUGACUUGGUUUCAACACAUCGUCACACCUAAGAUUUUGGACCAUAUCUGUGAUGUUAGUAGCUUUUAAAAAGAGUUUCCACGUUUGGACACGCUUCACUUUUUCAAAGAACCUUUUCUUUCAAUGUAAAUUUAGAGCUACUGUGUAUUUUGAUAUUUUAAUCAUCUUUAGCCUUCAAUUUAUGGCCUUCAUGUUAAAGAUGUUGUUUAGUUUACAUUUUAUUUAAGUACCGUACACCACCUUCUUCUGAGCAAUGCAUUUGACAGCUAGGCUUCUGCUAUUUCAGCUCGAUCAGUGGUUCCUAAGUUUGUAGUCUUCUUUUCGUAGCUACACUAUUUUUUUUUGUUCUUUUAUAGUACUGCGAACAAGAAUAAAUAACUCGAGGUAAUUAAUGUUAUAGGCCACUCCUAUUACUCCUGCCGCCUUGGUACUUUCAGGGCCGGCUUUAGGUAUUAAGAGACCCUAAGCGAAGUGAAUAGGGUGGCCCCAAAUGAAAUAGAAAAACAUAAAACUAAGACCGAAAAUACGCAAUGAAUUAUAAACAUGUAUAGUCCUAUAUCUAAAUAAACAAAUAGCAAGUCCAGAUAUCGCUGAUAUGUGCGUAAUAGCCGAAUAUAUUUCAGCAGACGAUUCGUGAUCACCAGAAUAAAUUGAACGUUUCAAUGCUUCAUCCAUAGACAUAAAUAAAUAUAGACUGGCCGAAGGAAGUAACUUCCAUGUAACUUGAAAACAUGUAUAUCUAUUGUAUUCGGAUUUCAGGAUUAUGAAAAAUUGCAUGAUCUUCAUUCUUAGAGAUUUAAAAAAAAACACUAGUGAAAAUAAUGUAAUACUUAUAUAGGUUAUGGCUGAAAUAGAUAUGAAUACUUAACUUUUAUACUGCUCAUAAAUGCUGUAUAAUAAAGAACACAAAAUUGCAAGUCACACAUUUUCGUUUCAUAAAACUCUUUAAUCGGCCAGUCUAUAUUUAUUUAGGUCUAUGACUGAACCAAAGAGACAAAAGUUCUUCUAACAUAUGUAGCGAACAAAUAGAUCUAGGCCUAAACAUGUGUAGCCUAAAUAAAUUUUUAGGCUUUAAUCAUUGUAGACUUAGAGCUAGUAGACAUAGAGCCAGAGUUCUGCCAGGGUUUGAGAUUUGAUUCGUAUUUGCAAUUUUUUCACUAAAAAAAAAUUCCUUGUCAUGUUUGAGGCCCCCACCAAGUGAAGGUCCUAGGCGGUUGCCUAGUUUGCCUAUACCUAAUGCCGGCCCUGGUACUGUAUUUAAUGUUUUAUAGACUGUCUUUUCAGGCUCGCAAAGCAUUACUUUCUUUUGCCAUUUUGUUUGUUUGUUAUUUGCCUCUAUUGACGCCAGUUUGCUGUAGAAUGGUCACGUGGUAUUGGAUGUCUGAUUGUGUUGGAAGUUUGACUUCUGCUGACUUCAGGCCAAGAGAAGAACGGACAAGAGGUGACAACUGCAUUUAGCUGGAGUGAUCUCUCUUGGUUCAUAGAAUAUGAAAAAAAAUUAAAAAAAAAGAAAGCUAGUCAUGGUUAGCUAGGCUCAUCUUACCGGUAAGAUUAAACUCAAAUUAUGGCAGGUAUUUCAGAAACUCAGCGCCGAUCGCUAAAAACAAAAUACGAGUUAUUUCCCCUUUUUAAUACUUCUCCUGGCCCGAAGAGAUUGAAUGAGAGACUGAGUCACGUUUGUCUAGACUUGACUUGUGCUGGCUUCUACAUGUGCGAUGUAAUAUUAAAAAUAAACAACCAUUCCCGUACA